CCAAAACCUGUGUUUUAAACACUAAACAGUAAGCAAAGGCAGCAAAUUAAUCUUUGAAUUAUUUGCUUCCAAAACCCUACACUUUUCCUUCAACACAUCCUAGAAAAUGGCUUCACAAGCUUCUCAAGUUCUUGCUUCACCCCAUCCCGCCAUUUCAUCCGAAAAUCGACCCAAGGCUGAUUUUCAUCCCGGUAUUUGGGGUGAUAUGUUCAUCAUCUGUCCUGAUACGGAUAUCGAUGCUGCAACAGAAUUACAAUAUGAAGAAUUAAAAGCACAAGUGAGGAAGAUGAUUAUGGAACCUGUUGAUGAUUCAAACCAAAAGUUGCCCUUCAUUGAUGCUGUUCAAAGAUUAGGUGUGAGUUAUCAUUUUGAGAAAGAGAUUGAAGAUGAACUAGAGAAUAUUUACCGUGACACCAACAACAAUGAUGCUGACACCGAUCUCUACACUACAGCUCUUCGAUUCCGGUUACUUAGAGAGCAUGGCUUCGGUAUUUCAUGUGAUGCAUUCAACAAGUUCAAAGAUGAGGCUGGGAACUUCAAGCCAUCAUUGACAAGUGAUGUGCAAGGGUUGUUGGAACUUUAUGAAGCUUCCUAUAUGAGGGUCCAUGGGAAUAUACUUGAUGAAGCCAUUUCUUUCACCACUGCUCAACUUACACUUGCUCUACCAACUUUAAACCAUCCUUUAUCGGAACAGGUCGGCCAUGCCUUAAAGCAGUCUAUCCGAAGGGGCUUGCCAAGGGUUGAGGCCCGGAAUUUCAUUUCGAUAUACCAAGAUUUAGAAUCCCAUAACAAAUCGUUGCUUCAAUUUGCAAAGAUUGAUUUCAACUUGUUGCAGCUUUUGCAUAGGAAAGAGCUAAGUGAGAUCUGCAGGUGGUGGAAAGAUUUAGACUUUACAAGAAAACUACCAUUUGCAAGAGAUAGAGUGGUUGAAGGCUAUUUUUGGAUAAUGGGAGUUUACUUUGAACCCCAAUACUCUCUUGGUAGAAAGAUGUUGACAAAAGUCAUAGCAAUGGCUUCCAUUGUUGAUGAUACUUAUGAUUCAUAUGCAACCUAUGAUGAACUCAUUCCCUAUACAAAUGCAAUUGAAAGGUGGGAUAUUAAAUGCAUGAACCAACUCCCGGAUUACAUGAAAAUAAGCUACAAGGCACUAUUAGAUGUUUAUGAAGAAAUGGAACAGCUGUUGGCAAAUCAAGGGAGACAGUACCGAGUUGAGUAUGCGAAAAAGGCGAUGAUACGCCUUGCUCAAGCUUACCUUUUGGAGGCCAAAUGGACUCAUCAAAAUUAUAAACCAACCUUUGAGGAAUUUAGAGAUAAUGCAUUGCCAACCUCUGGCUAUGCCAUGCUUGCUAUAACGGCGUUUGUCGGCAUGGGCGAAGUUAUAACCCCUGAGACCUUCAAAUGGGCCGCCAGUGACCCCAAGAUCAUUAAGGCUUCCACCAUUAUUUGCAGGUUCAUGGACGAUAUUGCGGAACAUAAGUUCAACCAUAGGAGAGAAGACGAUUGCUCAGCAAUCGAAUGUUACAUGAAACAAUAUGGGGUGACAGCGCAGGAAGCAUACAAUGAAUUCAACAAACACAUAGAGAGUUCAUGGAAAGAUGUAAAUGAAGAGUUCUUGAAACCGACAGAAAUGCCAACACUUCUUUGUCGUAGCCUCAACCUUGCUAGGGUUAUGGAUGUACUUUACAGAGAAGGUGAUGGUUAUACACAUGUUGGGAAAGCUGCUAAAGGUGGGAUCACUUCAUUAUUGAUUGAUCCAAUCCAAAUUUGAAAUUCAACAUUGGCUUAAGAUUUACUAUGAGAUAAAAUUAAUAAAGUUUGUACAAUGAAGGAAAUGUAUAAUUUCAUUACAUUAUUUGAUUUGUUUCUUCUAUAUAAAAGAAUGAACAAGCGGAUAAUCUUUGUACUUUGUAUCUUUUUAAUCCAAUUAAUUUCUACUAUCAAAUAUAUGAUACGUGAUUUUAUA